GUGACUUCCCAGGGUCCUCCUUGGCCCCAGCUUUCUGUCUCCAACAGUGAUCAGCUGGAUCCUUCAUGGGGCGGGCGGGACCUUCAAGCAGCAAGAACUGAAGGCCGCAGACCUUCUCCCCUUGGGGAAUCUUUGACGGUGGAGCUUCCAUUGCCCUAGCCAAGGCCAUGGUGACAGUCUCCACAGCCUCUUCGGUACCAUCCGUGCCAGAAUCUAGAAGUUUCCCCGGCUGGAGAACAUUUGGUUGUCAGAUGCCCCCCCCUUCCCUCCAGUCUCCGAAACGGAGUCGCCAGUGGUUCCUCGUGAGAUCAAGCCCGUCUUCCGAAUCCCACCCUGGGUUUUUGACGAUCCGAUUUGUAGUCCAACCGCUCUGAAAUGAAGGGUGGGUCGGAAAGGGCCGCGGAGGUCCUCGAAUCUCAAAGCCAGGGAAGCAGAUUAAAAAAAUAUCCGUCAAGAUGGCGGGCCAGCCUCUGCUUGAAUACCUCCGGGGACAAGGAACUCAUCACCGGUGGCAUUUGGACCCCUGCCCGCCAAGCCGCGGAUUAUCAACCAAAUUGAACAGAAGGAGGCCGUUGUCACGGGAGAAUUGUGGAAGCCGUGCAAAUGGACAGAUGCCCAGGGCCAGUGGCUGGCAGAAGAUGGCAUCCGGAUGGUGGAGGACGAUGAGGGCAGAGGGGAGCCUGGGCCCCCUGCGAUACCCACCGUGAAGAGGAAGAAAGGCCGCCCCCGGACCGCCAACCCAGUCCCCAAACCCGAAAGCAAAGCUCCCCCCCGGGUGACAUUGAAGAUGAACCCACCGAAGUGUCCCGAGUGCGGUAAAAGCUUCCUCAGCAACGUGGCCAUGACCAUCCACAUCCGGACCCACACCGGGGAACGCCCAUUCAAAUGCCACCUCUGCCCUAAAGCCUUCCCCUCCCGGGGGGAUCUCAAGAGGCACAUCAAAACCCACCUGCGCAAGAAGCCGCCCCCGCCGGUGAUGGCCCGCAGCGGCUCCUCGAAAAAGACCUUGGCGGCCAAGAUGCAGCUGCAGUGUCACCUGCGCUGCCUACCAGAUCCGAAGAAACCAUACAACUGUGUGCAGUGCGGGAAGAGGUUCAACAAGAAGCAGAGCCUGCGCAAGCAUCAGGGGACGCACUCCACGGAACGUCCCUUUGCCUGCCUGGAGUGCGGGCGCAGCUUCCGGCUCAAGCAGAUCCUGGUGGCGCACAUGGCCUCACACAUCAAGGAGCGCCCCUUCGCCUGCGAUCAGUGCGGGAAGUGCUUUGCGCAGGAACGCAACGUGCGCAGUCACCAGCGGGUGCACACCGGUGAGAAACCCUUCCUAUGCAUGGCGUGUGGAAAGCGCUUUGGCUACAAGCAGCACUUGGUCAAGCACCUGCGCUUCCACACCGGCGAGCGGCCCUACAGCUGCCCUGAGUGCGGAAAGACCUUCCGAGACAAGGCCACGCUGAACAUCCACUACCGCAUGCACACCGGCGAGCGGCCGUACCGUUGCCCAUUCUGCAGCAAGACCUGCCGGCAGAAGCAACACCUCAACAGCCACCUGAAGGUCCACCGUGGGGAGAAGCUGCCCCCAGGGGACACCACCGGAGUCGCCUUGCAAAGGGCCCGUGCCAAGGAGAAGCCGUACGAAUGUCCGCAGUGUCAGAAGCGCUUCCGGAACAAGAAGAUCAUGUUGGUACACCAGAAGACCCACAAAGAGGAACCUUUGCCACGAAGCGUCCCACUGAAGAAAAAGUGGGAUCCAGUUGUGGGAGAUAGAAAGGCCCCCAGGGCAGGCCAAGGGGCAGGGAAGAAGAGGAAGGAUGUGGGGCUCACCUCGGGGAUGGCUUCCGUCUCCUCGAAGAUGGUUCCCAUUAGCUGCACCGAUUGUGGGAGGCGGUUCACACAGAAGAAGUACCUGACAUUGCAUCAGAGGAGCCACAGGUGAGGAGACACCACUUCCUGUUGGAAUCUCAUCUUCGGCAAAGAUGCUUGGAUAGUGCACAGCAGCCGCUGUGGAGGAGUUGCCCAUUUGGAACACAUUCCGCGCAGAACUGUGUAGACUCAGCGCUGCGAGAAAAGUCUCUUUAUUGCAGACGGUGGAACUGUUUCACCUGCGGCACUGCUCAAAAAGGAAGCCCCCCCCCCUUCUCCAGGACUGAAAUCCACCAGCUUUUACUCCUGCCCUUUUGGGUCAAGAGAUAGCCAGCUGUUCUUCUGGUCUUGAGAGCAGACAGACACUGCUGCGGGUUUCAGCCCUCUCUCUCUCUCUCUCUCUCACUCUCUCUGUGUGUGUGUCUCAUCUGAGCAACCAGGACCAUCAAGACAAGCCUGAAACGGGCGAUCAUAGUUUCGUGAGCCUUCAGAAGUGUGUAACACUUAGCCCGAAAGACCCCCAAAUCCAAAGGGGAACAUUGUCCUACUCGAUCUGUGAAACAUUUAAUGGCUGUUCCAAUGGUGUUUAUCCCUAAAUACAGUUUAGUGACCGUUUAAAGUUACAAUGGAAAAUGGGUUGUAGGACUGUUUGUCACACUUUCGCCCCCAGGGUUGCAUGAUCAAAAUUCAGACUCUUGGCACCAGCUUCGUAUUUAUGACAGUUGCUGUGUCCCAAUGUCAUGUGAUCCCGUUUUGUGGUCGUCUGACCCGCAAAGUCAAGGGCGAAGCCAGAUUCACUUAACAACCAUGUUAUUAACUAAACAACCACAGUGAUUCAGUUAAUAAUGGUGGGAAAAAAGGUUGUCGCACACCAGUAUCCAGUUAACCAAUCCAGUAACCAAUAUCUCGCUUAACAACAAAUUCGGGGCUCUGUUGUGGUCAUAAAUCGAGGACUACCUAAAUGCCAAAGGGUCCCUUAUUCCUGCAAAUGCCCUCUGAUGUAGCUUCGCUGUUCCUCGCACCCUGGGAGGCUUUUGGGACGCUGAGACUUUUACUAUGUGAGAAAUUGCCACAAAUUUGCCCCAAUACAGGAACUUGCUUAUCGGGGUGUAGGCUUCUGGGUCCAGCAGGCCGGAGUCUGAUCAAAGAACAACAUUUCGAAUCCGCUGCAAUAAACCAGAAUAUGGAAGAGGAGGAGGAUUGUGGGGUCCCUGGUGCUCUCUGAGCUGGGUGGUUUUCUUGUAGACAUUUCGUGACCCAACUGGGUAAUGUCAUCAGUGCUAGAAGGUAGUGGGGUUUGCAAACGAGGAGGAGGAGGACCAUGAUGACAACUGUGGGGUCAUCAGUGCUCUGAGCUUGGUAGUGUUCUUGACCUUUCAUGACCCAACUAGGGAACAUCAUCAGUUCUAGAAGGGAGGGGUUUGCAAACAGGAGGUGGUGGAGGAGGAGGAGGAAAGAAAAGAUGCACCUUGAACAAAAGGACAAGUUGAGUGCACAAAUCUAUUGCUGGCUGCCUGGGAGAAUUGUGUGGGUUGUUCCCCAAGGCUGGUCGAUCCCAGAUCCACUUUCAAAGGGUUGUUGGAUGCUGGUCUUGAAAAUUCCCUUUGCAGGGAGCAGACCCAGCCACAACAAAGGGAAGAAUAACAGGAGAAAGGGACCUCGGAGGUCUUCUAGUCAAACUCCCUGCUUGAGCAGGAGACCUUUACAGAAUGACACAAUUGCAGAGUCAGAAGGGGCCUUGGAGGUCAUCUGGUCCAACCCCCUGCUCAAGAAAAACACCCUAUACCAUUUCAGACAGAUCUGUCCAGUCUCUUAAAAAUUCUGGGGUUCUUUUAUGCUUUCUGAGCUUGGUGGUUUUCUUGCCGACAUCACAUUAUCACACAUUACUAACAUCAGCAGUGCGAGAAAGAGUUUGCGACAUCUUCCUUUUUAUUGCCGAAUUUAAUCCGUUUAUAUUCAAAGAUAUUACUUUAAUUUCUUCCUCCAUUUCUUAUUUAUUUACUUGUGCUGUUGAUCUAGUCAUUCUUAUCUCUUUGUUCUCCAAUUUCUUUUGGUUGAGCUCCCUCUCUUAUUGCUUUCUCUUCUUGUUCUUUAGUUGUCUCCCUUCACUGCUCUUUCUUUUCCUCCUGUUGUCCAUCCCUCCUUUCUUCUCUCAAUCUCUCUUGUUCUUGAAGACCUAUGUGUUGUUCAUAAAAUCUCUCUGCUUUUUCUGUUGAAUCUAAUCUGAAUUUUUGCUCUUGCCAAUUCACCAACAUUCCUUCUGGAAUCAGCCAUUUAUUUUAUUUUUAUUUAUUUUAUUUAUUUCAAUUUUUAUACCGCCCUUCUCCCGAAGGACUCAGGGCGGUGUACAGCCUAGUAAAAAUACAAUAUAUAAACAUUAAAAAGAAAUUAAAAAGAAAUAUUAUAACAUGGCCAAAAUUUUUAAAACCAUUUAAAAUCAUAAGACAUAAAUACCCCAAUAAAAUAUCAAUCCAGUCCCGCUUGAAUAAAUAGGUGCGUUUUCAGCUCACGGCAGAAGGUCCGAAGAUCAGGCACUUGACAUAAACCAGGGGGAAGUUCAUUCCAGAGCGUAGGAGCUCCAACAGAGAAGGCCCUACCCCUGGGGGUCGCCAGCCGGCAUUGCUUGGCGGACGGCACCCUGAGAAGGCCCUCUCUGUGUGAGCGUACGGGUCGGUGGGAGGCAUGGGGUAACAGCAGGCGGUCCCGUAAGUACCCGGGCCCUAAGCCAUGGAGCGCUUUAAAGGUGGUAACCAAAAUCUUGAAGCGCACCCGAAAGACCACAGGAAGCCAGUGCAAGCUGCGCAGGAUUGGUGUUACAUAGUGUUACAUGGGAGCAAUGAGUCGCUCCCACUAUUAUCCCUCUUUUUAUCAGACAUAUUCUCUUCUCAGAUCUCGCACUCCUCUUGGGAUUUGUUUCAGUGCCACCACUUCUCUCCCUUUGUGUUUUAUCGUUGUAUUUCUCAUCAUUUUCAAUAUCUCUGUCUCAAAGUUUUCUUCGUAAAACUGACAUGAAUUUCUCUGGGUAAAUUAUUUCUCAUCGCAUAUCUUGUAUACACUCUAUAUGUGUCAUCAAUUCCAUUUAGAAUUUUUUCUUUACUUUCUUCCAUCGCCACUGCUAAUAUCUUUGCUAUCUUUGGUAGAUUUUCUCCCUUUUUUCCUCCUCAAUGUUUUGGAAUCUUAAAUAAAAGUCAGCCUUGUCUACUUCGAGGCUUAAAAUAGUUUUUUCUUGAUUUUUAUCAAUGGUUGUGAGUCUGCGGUCCAUCUCUUCCACCUUUUUCUCCAUUGCCUCUGCUUUUUCUUCCAUUAGUUGCAAUCGUUUUUCAUUUUUCCCUAUUAUCUCUUUAACUUCUUUCAAUUCUCCCUCCAUUCUUUCUAGUCCUUUCUUAAGAUCUUCAUGUAUGUUCUGUAACAUAUUUUUAAAAUCCAUAUUAAUUUUCUCUUGUUGUAAUGUAGAUUCUGUUGUCUUUAUUGAUAUUGAUGGUGAUGAUAGAUGUUGUGUUGCUUUCUUCCCCUUAUCCAUCUCGUCUCUUCAACUCACCGCACUCAAUUUGUAAUCCAAAUAGUUCAAUUCUCGAGUUUCAACUAUUUUUUGAUUUAAAUUCCAAGUUCAAAUUCCAAAGCUGCUCUCGAAACCCUCCAGUUCUUGAGACCUUAAUCCUCUUAGGUUUAUCCAAAAAUAUACAAAGCUAACCAACAACCACCCAAAAAGCCAGAGCAGAAAAAAAGAGAAUGAAAAAAUGAAAAAAGAAAAAAGCCAAAUUGAGACAAAAAUAAAAAUUCACCAGUUACAAAAUUUCAAAAUUUCAAGGUUUCAAAAUAUUCAAAGUAAUCCAAAAGUAAAAAUAGGAAUUAUACCAAUUGCACGCACACACACACACACACACACACACACACACCUCCUCCUGUUACAAAAAUCACAGGACCACUUCUUAUCAGAAACUUCUUGCCAUUUUCCAACAAUGUCCAAGGUCACUCUGUCUUCUGUGCAAUUCUCCUAUUUAAUUUCUCUGUCACCACUAGAUGGCAGUGCUGCUUAUUUGAAAGCCACCUUUCCACUGAGCUUUCAACACCGAAAUUUAAAUUUUAAAAUAACAAUUCCUAACUAUUCAUUAGCCAUGCAAAAUCCUUUUGUCCAAAAUGCUUUCAAUCCAUUAAAUUUUAAUUUACUGUAAUUAGUCUUUAUUUCUGGCUUCUGCCCUUUCGCCGCUAUUCCGGAAGUGGGGAGGUAGUCUUAUUUCUCUGCCUCCCCUCUCCUCUUUGCCAUAACUUUCCAAAAAUCUUUUUAAAGUUUGAGAGAUGAAAAUAUUAAGGGAACCUUGUUUUCAAGACUUCCGUUUCUAACCCAGAUGAUUGCCUUUUUCUCUUUCCUUCUUCCGUGUGGCUGCUCCAGCUUUUGACAGCUCCUAAUGGCUGUCUUCCUCCUCUGCUGGGUCAAAGGUUGAUGCCAGUGCUCCAGGAUAUGGGGAAGAGCGGUAGAGCCGUGAAGACCCUCCUCUCAAAUUGGCCAUGCCCCCCUCAAAAGAAAAAGGAAUAUCCCCAAAUCUGGGUGGUAGGCACCCUCCCAUGGGUUGUCAGUGAUUCCUUCCCAUCCAAACCCAGAGAGCCAGGGUUUCCUCAGCAACUCUAAGAUGGGGGGGCUUCCAAUUCCCAGAAUUCCACAGUCAGCAAGAAUUCUGGGGGUUGAAGCCCACCUGACUUAAAAUUCCUGAGAUUAAGGAAGAUUGUUUCAGGCUUUCAGAUUCUGAAAGAUCUCCUGUACGGAGAAUUAGUGCAGGGAAAGAGCCUCAGAGGGAGACCUCGGCUGUGAUAUAAGGAUAUCUGCAAGAGGGACCUAAAGGCCCUGAGAAUGGACAUUAACAACUGGGAAACCUUGACCGCCGAUCGUUCAGCUUUGAGGCUAAAGACGCAGCAUGGCCUCCUCCAAUUCGAAGAGACAUUUGUUCGGCAGGCUGAGGCAAAGAGGCAGUCCCGGAACCAGCGAAAUCUGGGGGCUGGGCAGGGGACAGAAUGUAUCUGCCUUCAGUGUGGACAGGAUUCCCACUCUCAAAUUGGCCUUUUUAGCCACACUAGAUGCUGUUUCCAGAGCACGAUACCAUCGUCUUUUGAGACUGAAGGAUGCCAAUCGAAUAGUUUCAGGCUCAGAGAGAGAAACAAAAGAACAUCAGAAUUGGGUCAGAAUUGAAUUAGUUAAAUGGAAAUCACCCGUGUAUUUGUGUAUUGGUCCAUUUGUGGUUUUGGAAAGAGGAAUAAUCCUUUGUGUUGGAGACCUGGGCUGCUUCGCUGACAUGCAAGAAGGAGGGGCGAGAAGACAAGGACAACUUUGGGGACCCGAGGCCUGCAUGGGGCUCUUUAAAGCAGGAGCUGUUGGCGGGCACCAAAUUCCCACACAGCUAAACGAAAGGAAAAAAUCACGCUAACCUGUAACAAUGAUACACUGAUUAUUCCAAAUGUAUGAAAUAGUUUUCUCCUGUCGUAUUAAAAGUUGCUAUUCAGAA